AUGCCCAACGAAAUGUUUUGGGUGGCGUUGCUUUUGCAGAUCUCCAUCGUCUUCGCAUCACCAUGCGUUGAUGAUCACAAGUUUUGCAGCACCUGGGCUGAAAUGGGAGAAUGCAAAACUACCAGGCAAUACAUGGAGCGACACUGUGCCAGAUCAUGCGGAUGUACCAAAGCGGUGCCAAAUCUUCCUGAUGAAAGCACAACUUUGACAACGACUGGGUCCACAAGUUCAACGGCAGCUGUGGAUAGCUCUACCGCGACCACUGGAGAAACAUCACAGGCGACAACCACCUCUGCAGACGUGGCAACAGAGGUUUCGACGCCAAAACCCUCAACAAGUUCUGCCAUUGAGCAGACGUCCAAAGCACCGCCUUCUACCACUGAACCAGCAAGGACGACAACGAGGACUCCAUCACCUGCUUGGGCACCAGCGCCUCCUGCCUCCAGUGAAUACAUUCGGAAGGCCAACAAAGACCUUGCCGGCGAUAUGCUGGCUGCAGUGCCAGCGCCGAAGAUUGACGCAUGCAUCGGCAUGUGUGAUGCGACAGCUGGAUGUGAGGGCUUCUCAUUCUACAAGGGCGUGUGCUACAUGAAGGCGGAUCUGAAGGGGACCUUUUCUAAACCAUGGUGUACAACAAUGGUUCGGAAGAAGCCAGAUGACCCAAAGCAGUGCUCCGGUUUUGCAAGUGAGAAGGACAAGGACUUGGCAGGAAUCCUGGUGAAGCCACCGGUGUAUGCUGCAGAAGCAAAUGAAUGCUGCAGUGCCUGCACCGCAAUCCCUGAAUGCCAAGGCUUCUCCUACUUUGAGGAUUUUUGCUACUUGAAAGGCAAUUUGCACGGUACAUAUUCAAAGCCAGGCUGCACAGUCCACAUGAAGAGUUCUGCUCGCCGAUUGGAGAGCGAGUUCGCUCCGGGGAUAUUGGUGUGA